CCCCGCCUGAAUUUUUGGCCAGCAUUGGACUCGCGGUCUCAUCAACGCUUCCAUCAUCUGUGACGUACAAUACUUAUCUGGUACCUCAGAGCUAAUUCGACUCAUCAAUUUGCUGUUCUCGACUCGUCAAGUCACCGAAUAUUCACGAGAUCAGUUUCUUACUACGUAGCGCAUCCUGAACACGUUCAUGAGGUGACACCCGUUGCUCAUCCCACCUCGCGACAAUGUCUGGACGGGGCGGACGAGGCGGGCGAGGAGGCCGUGGUGGGCGCGGGCCGCCCAUCAACGGCAGGAGAGCCGUUGCCCAGAACAGCGUGCCCUGGGCAAUGGACUCGGACAUUGUGCUUGAUGGCAAGCCGUCUGAGCGCUUCCCCCCCUACAACAUCCCCAAAGCGCCUCCACUCUCCAAAAAGGAAGAAAAACAAGUAUCCUACUUCCUCAUCUUCCGUGAACAGUGCCAAGACAGCCCUCUCUACACACAAGCCCGCACCUGGGCCCAGGCCUCCACCACGGCCCGCACGUACGGCCAGGAGCAGCUCAACAAGCGCUACGGCCAGACCACGAAAGCGACCGUCGACCCGUUCACUUCCGUGCCCACCUACUCGCACAAGUUCCAGAAAGCGCCCCGGACGCUGCCCAACCUCGGAUCGCGACCCUUCGCCAAAGAAUUCUUCCCGCCCGAGCUACACGCCACACUAGACGGCGAUGACGAGCAGAGCGGGGGGCCAGCGGCCAAGCGGCGGCGGGUGGGCCCCAAGACGCUGGGGCUGUCGAACAUCACGUCGUACAGGACAGCCGAGGAGGUAUUCCUCCCCGACGGACAGCAGCAGGUGCUCGACGGCGGCGCAAACCUCGACAAGGCGCUGCAGCUGCUCAACACGGUGGAGAAGCGGCACGAGGACGGUGAGGAGGAGGCUUUCCUGUCUGGGGAGGACGACGAUGACUGGGUCAAGAACAAUGGGGAAGAUGACGAGGAUGCCGAGGCCGAGGAGGACGACCAGUACGAGGACGACGAGGAGGACGACUACAAUGCCGAGGCCUACUUUGAUGGGAAUAAGGACGAUGAAGACUAUGACGAAGGCGGGGAUGACGGGGGUGAUUACUUCUGAUUUUGCGGGGAUUUUGGGCGCGUAGCUGUCGGUUUAUAAGUAGAGGUUGUUGCGGCAGCCAUUUGCAUUUCUCUUGGCGUAUGGAGAAAGUCGGGAUAGACCUCGCGGGAGAACGCCAGCCACCGUAACGGUGUGAAGAUACC